UCCCCUUCUUCUUCCUCCUCACCUCCCACACUCACUACAUUCGACUGGUGUAACUUUCGAGCAAAUUAAGAUUAAAGCCUGUCUUUUUUUUUCUUGCAUAAAGCUCAGGUAUAGAGACAGGGGCGUCGGGAUUUCGAGGUUUUCUUGCACCCUGGAUGAGGGGAGUGGGAAUUAUUGGAUCAAUAGAUCUUGUCGGAAUAAGAAGGAGGAGAAGAAGAAGAAGAAGAAGCAGCGACAGUAGCAAUUUGGUUGAUUAUGGCGAGUACUUAUCACGGCGGCCCGCCGGCGCCGGCGGUUUCCCAUGACUCGGCGUCGCGGCCGUCGCUGGGAUUCCCGCUCGGCACCGCCCUCCUCCUGCUAGUCAUCUUCAGUCUCAGCGGAAUAUUCUCCUGCUGCUACCACUGGGACAAGCUCCGCCGGACUUUCUCCCUCCGGUCGCCGGAUCUCGAGGCGGCGCACGCCCCCUCUAAGCCUAAACUCCCCGACAAGGGUUUCGGGCAGCGGGAGAAUCAGAGCUUGCCCGUAAUAAUGCCUGGCGACAGCGUUCCUAGAUUCAUUGCAUUGCCCUGCCCGUGUGAGCCGCCGCGGAAGGAGGAGCUCGUCGCCCCCGUGGCGAAGCCGCCACCGCCGCCGAAGCCGCCGAGGAUCGGCUCUCCGUUCUGCUGAAAUUAAUGUCUAGCCAUGUAUUUAGUAUCCAGUUUUAAUCAUUGUCAUGUGAAUAUUUACGGAUUGAAUCAAUACAAAAUUAAUUAAUUAAGUAAUGAAA